UCGUAGGCUUGAUGUGUAUGCGCCUAAAAGAUCUUCUAUAGAACUUUUUGUGGUUAUACGAGAAGAGGAAAAUCCGGCUUAAAUCGUCGUUUUGGAUAGUAUUUUCAACGUUUUAUCAACCGUGCAACGUUCCAGGUACACGGAACCAAUCGGAAAUGGUAUCCCGUUGACGACAGUAAGGAGGAAUCCGUGAGGGAAUCUGAUAGAAAAUUGUAAGCAACAAACGUGGAUUUCACAUAAAAAACAGCGAAAAACUUGAGUAAAGCGAAGAAAAGCAUCCUUGACAUGGAACCUGGUGGAGAAGUUGUUGGUUUAGCCAAUGAAUUGGCUCGGGCGGUCAAGAUAACAAUGGACCCGGCAGCUCCUCAACAAGCUCGUAUGGAUGCAUACGUAGCAUGUGAAAGAUUCAAAGAAGUAUCUCCAUUGUGUGCUCAAGCGGGACUUUUUCUUGUCACUGGAAAUUAUCCAUCGAUUGUUCGUCACUUUGGUUUGCAACUGAUGGAGCAUACGGUGCGGUUCAACUGGAAUAGUAUCUCCCAGCAGGAAAAAAUAUUUAUCAAAGAAAAUGCCAUGAAACUGCUGUCAACUGGUGUGGCUGAAGCUCAAGAUCAGAGUGCAUCACACAUCAAAGAUGGACUUUCACGAAUCAUCGUUGAAAUGAUUAAGCGCGAAUGGCCCCAGCAGUGGACAACAUUAUUGGCAGAACUCAGUGAUGCAUGCUCGAAGGGAGUGGCACAAACGGAAUUGGUUUUACUGGUGUUUCUUAGACUGGUUGAAGAUGUUGCUUUGCUACAGACAAUAGAAAGCAAUCAACGUCGAAAGGAUAUCUACCAAGCCCUAACAGUAAAUAUGUCUGAGAUAUUUGACUUUUUUCUUCGACUCAUCGAACUACACGUGGGAGAAUUCCGGAAUAGCACUGCUAUGGGUGACAAGCAUAAGGCCCUAGGGCAUAACCGCGUGGUCCAGGUUGUAUUGCUUACAUUAACUGGAUUUGUUGAAUGGGUUUCCAUCAACCACAUUAUGUCAUCAAACGGAAGACUCCUGCAAAUCCUCUGCAUUUUACUAAUCGACGAAGAAUUUCAGCAACCGGCAGCUGAGUGCUUGUUGCAGAUAGUGAACCGUAAAGGGCAAAUCAAAGACCGUAAGCCAUUGCUGAUGCUAUUCGACGAAGCCCCUGUUGGCCACUACUAUCGGGCAGCAUUGCAAACAGAACGCAUGGGAACUGAAACAUACUACAAUUUCCUUAAAAAGUUGAUUCAAGUACUUAGUGGUCUUGCAACUCAAUUAACUGGAUUAUGGGGUAAAGAAGACUGCCAAAUUCCCAAAGCAAAUCUGACCACGUUUCUAGAGACGAUUUUGAUAUUUACUCGGCACUCAAGCUACACAUUGACUCAUUCAGCAGCACUCAUCUGGAUGAGCUUGUUGAAACACGAACAAAUUGCACGUGACCCGCUUGUCCUGGAAUACAUACCGAAAAUAAUUGAACUGUACGGACCGAAAAUAAUAAAAGUAAGCUAUCCAGCUUCUCGUCCCAUGGAGAUAACCAUGCAUCCUCAAACAUUCAUUAGUUUGGAUUACGAUGGUGAAGAGGAGUGGCUCAUAUUUUUCGCCAGGUGUAGAUCCGACUUUUUAGAAAUAUUCCGUCAGGCCACCCUCAUUUCACCACUGGUUACAUUUUCCUACUGUGAACAGUGGUUGAACUCACGCUUGCAAAAGGCACAUUCCGAGCGUAAUACAACCUGCAGUGUGACCGAUCCGGUGUACCUGGAAUGGGAUGCACUGGUUAAUGUUCUGGAGGGCGUUUUAUCUAGAAUUCUCAUGGUAACCGAGCGCCCCUCUGUAUCGUCUGGAUUACGUUUGUUGGAAGAGUGUCUGAAAAUAGAAUCUGCUGAUCCGCUAAUCCUUUCUGUGUUGCUUUCCUGCAUUUCUUCACUAUUCGUAUUUCUCAGCAUGUCGUCCUGCCAAAUAACGGUGACGAACUGUGUUGCUAUGACAGGUGUUCAACUGCUGCCACGUGUCUUGGAUAAAAUUUUUGCCGCUCUCGUGUUUCAACAGGUUGGAGAAACGCGUUAUACACGUUCAGUCGCUGUAAAAAAUCUACGUAGACAUGCGGCUUCACUAAUGGUCAAAAUAGCUCACAAAUACCCUCUGCUACUGCUACCGAUCUUCGAUCAAAUCAAUACCAGUGUGCACAAUCUCAUACGCCAACAGGAUCAACUAAGCAAUGUGGAACAGGUCACCUUGGUUGAAGCCCUGCUGCUUAUUUCUAAUCAUUUUUGCGACUACGAACGUCAGAGCAAUUUUGUUGUAGAAGUAACGCGUGACUGUGUCGGCUUAUGGAUGCAAAUUGCACCUUACAUAAAAAAUGCCCAUACGUUUAUCGAUUUUGUGGGUCUUAACAAACCACCAUUACAAUCAUCUCCGGAAUCUCCGCCAGAUCCGAGUAAUGCCAACCGCGGUCAAAUUGUGUAUGCUCUAAAUUUAAUUCUCGGCGUAGUCAAACGAUGUUCCUGGCCCGAUGACCCCGAUCGAUGUAACCGCGGAGGAUUCGUAGUUGCACUGACCGAAUCUGGAAAUCCAAUUUGCCGAAAUCCCGCAACGUCUCAUGUGGUACCAUUGUUACCGCAUAUCUUAGCCCUGAUGCGAGUACUUAAUGAACUUUGGAAACCGGAGGCUCUUGCUACAAUUCACGAGCUUUUUAAAAGUACCAACGGUAUGCAGGAACACGAAAAGAAACAAUUGUUGGGCGUUUCUCCAGUACUGCAAGAUCCCCUGGAUCCUUGUGCUAAAAAACCUCCUACGCCGUACGAUCGCAUGCAAACAUUUUUGUCGCUAAUCUUUGAACACUGCUACCAUAUGAUGGGCUCGGCAGGUCCUUCCUUGGGUCGGGAUCUGUAUGCCAUUCCCGGCAUUGCGGAAGCCCUGAUUGGAAGCAUUUUUGCUUGUUUAGAAAAUGUUCCGGAUUUCAAACUGCGACCACUCGUGCGUGUAUUUCUUAAACCAUUUAUCUAUUCCUGCGCUCCGGUGUUCCAUGAAACUGUUUUGUUACCAAUAUUUGCUCACUUCGCACCGUUCAUGCUUUCGAGACUGACCGCACGUUGGCAAUACAUUACGGCGCUGUAUGAUUCUGGUGAACUAGGUGAAGACAUCAACGAUACCCAGGAAGUUUUGGAAGACAUGGUAAACCGAGCUCUCACCCGCGAGUAUAUUGAUGUACUAAAAGUGGCUCUAGUGGGCAGCACAGUGGAUCCCACAGCGACAGUUACCUCAGACACCACCGGCGCCAAUAGCAUGGAUCAUGACGAUCAAAGUAUGGAUGGAUCCCCGCAAGCGCUUACACGAGCUGCACAGUCUGCUAUGACAUCUGAAGUUAUCAGCGAUUUGGGUAGUAAAUUACUGCGCAAUCAAUAUACAUGUACGCCAAUCGUAAUGACAGUUCUAAGUGUGCUUACUUGGAAUGACAGUACCUCCAGUUUGAGGGCCACUCUACUAAGUGGACCGGUCAUACGCUUUCUUGCUGGAGAACAACUAAUAACUGAUACUUUGGCAUCAAAUAUCAUGAUAGCAGUUCUACAAGGAUUACAACUUCAUGGUCAGCACGAAGCGAAUCAGGCCUCUCUUAUUACACUUGGUGUGCAAACGUAUGAAAUCCUACGGCCCAAAUUUCCUAACAUUCUGGAAGUCCUGCAGCAGAUACCGAACAUUAGUGCCUCGGAUCUCCAGAAGUUAGAUGAAAAAAUUUCAGUUUCUGUCAGCACCAAAGGCAACAAAAUCGACAAAGCCAAAAAAGAUCUUUUCAAAAAGAUCACAGCAGCCAUCGUAGGUCGAAGUGUUGGAUCGCAUGGCAAGAAAGAAGUACGCAUUUUAAACCUUCCACCGAUUGCGACAGAAAAUCGCUCGACAGGCACUUACGGUCAAGGAAAUUUGGUCGACGGCUGUCAGGAAACUGGUUUAGCACACUUGUUCGCAUCUGGACGGAGUUAGUGUUUAGAAAUAUUCAUGAGCAUAGGUACUAAUUAGAUAUGUUUUUUUUUUUUAAUUUCUGUUGUCCAUUGAGAAAUGGUUUGAAUUCUCGCGGUGCGACAAACGAAUUGUGCUCGAUACAAUAUUGUUCAUUAUUGUGGAUAUUUAAGCCAUUGUUGAUUUACGCAGUUAGUAGCGCUUUGCCAUUCCAUUGGGGAAUAUUUUCGAAUUGAAUUAAAUUCAAAACGAAAUCGUUUAAUGCGAUUGCCACUUUUCGAAAAAAUUAUUUUAACAGUAACUAAUAUUUAUUUAAAUAUUGUACGAGACAACAGUUUUCCGCAUGAAGGGUUCUCAAAAUGCAGUAAGUACAUCAACAUUGAAUUCAGUCGAAAUCUUCGUUCGAUUUCCAAGUUGCAGGGUGGAGUAGUCAGCUGGAGACCAUGAUCUUGUGUAUAGAAAGAAGUUUAACUGGAAAACAAUGAAUUGUGCUAUCAGAACGUUAUGCAUCUUUAUUGUAGAACGCUAAUAUCUAGUUUAAUAUAUUUAAGUUUCAUAGCCCGGGAAAAUGAGUUAAAAAUAUCCACUGUUGAAUCAGUAAAAUAAUAAAGAUAAACAAUAAUCCAUAUUAUCAAAAAUAACAUUGUUCUCUAUUGUAUGCCAAAAGUCCAUGUUUUCGCUUUAUUUAUA